GGUAUAGAUAGCGCGAAGCGCGAACUGGUCACGGUGAAACCCUGGUUUUCGUUUCUCUCUUCCCUCGUCAACUUCGAGCUCACGACAACAUAAGAUUCGAACGAACACGCCGUUGAACCACCGCCACAACCUCCACCACCGCACUUUUAAUUUGACGAAAUUGCUCCUCGCGGCUGUGUUCUCAGGGAGGAAAGGAGAGAGGAGCUGCGUCGCGCGCACAACACCCCCCCCCCCUCGGCGGGCGUUUCUUCCGAUCAUCGUUUCGUCCAAAAUUUUGAAUUUUAAAAAUAAAUUAGUCGCGAUUAAACUCGCCAUGUCGAUUAGGGAGCUGCGGAGCUCUACGGUUUCGGUCAAUUUGUUCACCUUCUGCGUUUUCCUCAGCUGCUUUCCAGGAUUUAUAUUAUCGGCGAUCGUGACGCUGGAUUCGAUAGUGAUAUACAACACGCAUGAAUUGAUAAAGGCUGUGAAACCGAAGGUGUAUUUCCAAUGCAUAGGGGGGAACAAGACGAAUUUUCCAGACGUGAAGGAGAAGAACGUCAGGUAUAAUUUCAACGGCGAAGAGUCUUGGCAGCCUCUGACAGAGUUUUCGGGUAAGAAGUGCAAGCGAUGUGGAUUGUAUGAGGCGGAUACCUUUAAACCAGAUGACAAAUUCGAUGAGUGGGAGUUGUGUCCUUCUGACUUCAAUGCUUCUGAUGGGAAAUAUGUGCGGUUCAAGAACAAGGAAUUCAACAUUACGUUUUGGUGCCCAAAGUGUGUACCUGAUAUACCUGCUUCAAGUUCCACCACUGCGCCGGACAAAGAAGAAAAGGAGAAGGGAAUGCAUGUUGUUCUAAUACUUUUAAUUGUUGUAGCCGUUUUAGCAGUGUGUAUUGUCGUUGGCUUUGCUGUGUACAAGUACUGGCAAAAGAAGAAGAGAGAGCAAGAUCAGGCUCGGUUCCUAAAACUGUUUGAAGACGGGGAUGAUAUUGAAGAUGAAAUGGGGCUUGACCAUAUAAUCUGAUUAUAAACAGGUUUAUCUUACAUAAAUUUUGUUGUUGUAAAAAGAAAAGGAGAACAAAGUUAAAGUUAGAAAUAUACUGUGCAGCGCUUUACUGUA